GACAGUAACGCAGGUUAGUAAAUGAUCAUUAUUUUUAAGUAUUUACCUAUCAUCCACUUAUUGUCAUAUCAUCUUAUUUGCGAUUUGGAAUAAGUACUAUGAUAUUCAUACGAACAGAAUUAAUACAAGUACAAACUACAAUUAGAUGAUUUCGUUUUUAGAAGACGAACAUUUGAACAAUCAUCAUAAUAAUGACGUCGAGAAUAAUGUAACACUGGAAAGGAGGAUGUCACCAACUUUGGUCGAGACAGGGAAUGAUUUACUAAAUUUUAAAUAUAACCUAAGACAACGCACUCCGGUAAAAAUACAGAAUGAUCAAAUUUCAAUCUCCAAUGAAUCCGAAGAUAUAUAAACCGAAGAUAUAUAAUCCGAAGGUAUAUAUAUAUAUAAAGUACUCACCAGUCGUUUCAGAAUAUUUACCACCACAAGAAAACGCUCCUUCUGUUUUAACACCUGAUACCGAUACAGAAUCAAUAAAUGAUGAACUUAAAGAAAAUUACAAUAAUGAACAAAUAGAGGAUAUUUUGUGUGAAAUUGUGCAAAACCAAGAACUUAGUAAUGCAAUAGAACCUGAAAUACGAGCCUAUGAAGAACAAAGUGAUUUAAUAGGGAAUGGAAGUCAAAUUAACGAAGAAGAGCCUAGAAUUUUAUCACAUAUUAAUACUAAAGAAAAAAAAGAAAAAACCGAAGAAAGUUAACCCUGGAAGAAAAAAAUUUUUAAAUAAUGAAAAUUGGAAGGCAGAAAUACGUAAAAGAAAGAAAAAUUUGGGCGAGGAAUUUAUAAAUAGAAAAGGACACUUAAUAGCGAAAAAUGUUAUGAAACCAGACUUUGGUGCUAAUUGUUCACGUAAAUGUCGAGAAGCAAUCACAGAAAACCAGAGAUGUUUAGUAUUUAAAAACUUCUGGGGACUGUUUUACUGGGGAUUAUUUUAUAAAUUUACCUCAUCCGAAAGCAACUCUACCAAAUAAUAUGACUGAUUUUGAUUAAGAAGUAUUUUGAUUUAAAAGUAUUAUGUAUAUUUUAGUAAGUAUAUAAAUUACUAUAUUGUAUGUAUACUAAAAAUUUAAAAUAUCUUACAGAAACAAAUAUUUGAAAUUUGAAAAAGAAAAUUAUUUGAUGUUAAUCAAUGACAUUUUUUUGAAUAAUUCUUUUUGCUUAAAUUUCAAAUGUUUGUUUCUUAAAUAUACCUAUUUUAGAAUUUUUUAUUGAUUGCAUUGCUUGAAUUUUUCAGAUCUGAUUUUAGUAGUUAAUAAACUGAUUUUAGAUAUUAGAAUACUUUCUGAUGCCUUAAUUUGUUAUGUUUGUUUAUAUAAAUAUUUAAAAAUUUGUUAUUAAUUGUGAUAUUCAGAAUUUCAUGGGCUUGACUAUAAUGCUUAACUUAAAGUUGAUUGGAUAGGUACCUAUAACAGAUCUCAAAAAUGAAGCUUAUACCAAAACACAAGAAAGAACGAACCAGAAUUGGAAGAACGGUAAUUUUUAAUAUUAUAUUUUCAUAACUAUGAAAUACUUUGCGUUGGUGUGAUAACAUGAUUUAUCUUUUGCAUUUUGAGAUUAUUAUAAUUAAAAUUAAUAAAGAUUUUCCUAAUUAAUUAACCAUGUUUUAUUCUUAUAUUAACUCUAAAAUACAUAAAAAUACAUGUUAAGCAUUGUAUCUCAGACUUACAAUGUUUUUAACUUAAUGAAGUAAAUAUUAACACAAAAAGUAGAGUUGUAUGUCUGAGUUACAAUGUCAUUUUAUAAGGUUUAUGUGAUGUAAUAUGAUUGUAACUCAUAAAACAUAAUAAAUUACAUAUAUUAAUAACAUAUCAAUGAUAUGAAAGUGUAGAUGUUCCUUUGUUGACUCAAAUUUUCACGGUGAGAUGGCGAUAGGACUUAAUAGAAAGACUUAAGAAUUUUUUUAAUCUUUGACGCGCUCUCCUGAAAAGUUGAUAAAAAUGAGUUACGAUGUUUUUCCUUGCAGGUGUCGAAAUAUGAUUCCUGUGGUUUAAUUUCUUUAAUUUGCUAUUUGCUUUAUCUAAUGAACAAUAAAUAUUGCUCUGUUUUCGUCAAAUUCUGCCUAUAUACAAUGUUAUGUACAUUUUUAAUAUAACCCAAUGUACUUUUAAUUUAAUCCUAAGAUUACGUGUGUAUGUAUAUGAUAUUGGUGUGCUUGAAUAAAAAAUAAAUGUUUAUGUACC